AGAAAAUAUUUAUCGAUUUCAACUGUACAAUGAAUAUUGAGAUACGGAGUUAUGCCUAAAAUAAGAGAAGCCAAUCCGGCCGCCAUCUUUACCCUUUUUUCUUAUGAAUCGUCCUUCAUGAGGGUGGCCGUUGGUGAUGAGGUGAUCUUGAGAUACCAUGGGCUCUCGCAUGCCGGCUGGGAGUCUGGAGGGGUUAAAACAAUAACCCAGAGCUAGACAAGAAGAGUUUACUCUUCAAUUAAAAGGCCUGAAAGGAUCCACUCCGAUUAACGAAACUGCGGGACUCGCCGCAGAGUUUGUGUGGAAAAGUUUCCCGUAUGAUAGAAUGCAACAAGUAUGAUUUUCAUUUGCUACAAGCCCCUAAUGUGUGAGUUCGUUUAUCUACCAUGAGU